CAAAAACUCGAUUGACAAACAAUACCUUAAACCCCGCCGUCAAAGUCUGGGAAGUUUACUGAGGACGACGACGAGGAACCAUUCGAGAGGUUUUAGAGAGAGAGAGAAAUGAUCGUCCGGAGACUCUCUCCGUCAAACCUCAAACACCUCCUCCCCCUCUCUCUCUACACCUAUACAUACACAAAACCUGUAUCUUCAUCUCUUCCUUCAAUCUUUGACACCCGAACAAAACCCUAUGCGCAAAACCCUACCAAAACCCUACCACAAAUCUUCUUCAGACCCUUCUGUUCACACCCAAUAAUACCAUCUUUAAGCCUCACCAGAGAUGGAAACUACGAUGAAACCCAAGCCCUCCCCAUUUGCCCUGGUUGUGGUGUUCCAAUGCAAGAUUCAGACCCAAAACAACCUGGGUUUUUCAUCAAACCGUCACUCAAAAGCCCUAAUUACAAGUUGCCAAUCGAUCGAAACCCAGUCGCUGACGAACCCGAGAUCUCGAAUUCCCUCAAAAAGGGCUUUCUUACAGAACUUAUAGAAGAACCCCAAAACCCAGAAAACCCUAACCCUAAUUCACCAGAAAAGCCUAUAGUAUGCGCAAGGUGUCACUCGUUGCGGCAUUACGGGGCAGUGAAAGAUCCCACGGUGGAGAAUUUGUUGCCGGAUUUUGAUUUUCAUCAUACGGUUGGGAGGAAGUUGAAUUCGGCAGGUGGGAGGAGAACUGUGGUUCUGAUGGUUGUUGAUGUGGCGGAUUUUGACGGGUCCUUUCCCAGGAAGGUCGCAAAGUUGGUUUCGGCUACCAUUGAUGCGAAUUUUAAGGCUUGGGAGCAGGGGAAAUCCGGAAAUGUGCCGCGGGUGGUGCUGGUUGUGACGAAGAUUGAUUUGUUACCGAGUUCAUUGUCACCGACUACGUUGGAGCAUUGGGUUAGGUCGAGGGCGAGGGAGGGCGGGGCGAACAAGAUAAAAAGUGUGCAUUUGGUGAGUGCAUUGAGGGGUUGGGGGUUGAAGAAUCUUGUUGAUGAUGUGGUGGGAUUGGCAGGGCCUAGAGGGAAUGUGUGGGCGAUCGGAGCGCAAAAUGCAGGGAAGUCAACAUUGAUUAAUUCAAUGGGGAAGCAUGUUGGUGGGAAGGUGAGUCACUUGACAGAAGCACCUGUACCCGGGACAACACUAGGGAUUAUAAGGGUUGAGGGGAUACUACCUGGUCAGUCUAAAUUGUUUGAUACACCAGGACUUUUGCAUCCACAUCAGUUGUUGACAAGAUUGACUAGGGAAGAGCAGAAACUUGUCCAAGUUAGCAAGGAGUUGAAGCCAAGGACAUAUAGAAUCAAGGCUGGACAUUCUGUUCACAUUGCUGGGCUCAUGAGACUAGAUAUAGAAGAAUCAUCAGUAGAUUCUAUUUAUAUUACAGUGUGGGCAUCUCCUUAUCUUCCACUACAUAUGGGAAAAACUGAGAAAGCCUGUACAAUGCUGGAUGAUCAUUUUGGUCAUCGAUUACAGCCACCAAUUGGGAAGAAGAGAGUAGAAGAACUUGGGAAAUGGGUGAGAAAGGAGUUUCAUGUCUCUGGGAACAGUUGGGACUCAAGUUCUGCAGAUAUUGCUGCUGCUGGUCUUGGAUGGUUUGCUAUCGGACUUAAAGGUGAGGCUGUUUUUGGUAUUUGGACCUAUAAUGGAGUCGAUGUUAUGCUUCGCAAUUCUUUGAUUCCUUUUAGAGCACAGUUUUUUGAAGAGGCGGGGUUCACUGUAUCAAAAAUUGUCUCUAAGGCUGACCAAGCUUUAAAUAAGUUGCAGCACCAGAAGGAGAAGAAACGGAAACCGCAGGACUCAGAAGUAGAAACUUCUGUUGCAUUCGACAGUUGAAUGCUAAGACCAACUGGUUCUCUAAAUAUAGAGGCAUCCUUAAAUGUCUCAAACAUCGUGAUGGGAUAAAUAAGCAAACAAGUAUGGAAGAGGGAUUUUUCUCUUCAACAAGAAAGGGAUAGCCACGCUCUGAAGCCAUCAAGUUUGGAAAGGAUCACUGUGUGCAACAACAUUCAGGAGAUCCAAUCGAGUAUAUAGCAUGGCUAUCUUUCUUGCCAGCCGCUCUGGUAAUCAGUUUUUGGAUGAAAAAUCAUGCCUGGUCCGGUCACCUCUUUGAACUAUAUUAUUUUGCUCAAACUUGAUCACAGCCAAUUGUUUCAUCAUAAUAUUGUCAUGAGCUUGAUGAUUGUUGAGGAAAUUUUCUUAGCGCGGGGUGGGAGAAAUUUUGCAACUUCUGGUGUGGAAUAUGUUUUUUUGUUUAUAGGUAAUGUUAAGUUAUGUGUGUUACCAAAUGUACAAAGAGGGACUGGAAAAAUUGAGAGCCCAACAGUACGAAACUCUAGUGCUAUGUUGUCACAAUUUUCCCCAAUUCUGCGUCAUCCACAUCACUUGAAUAUAUGGUGCCGUCUUUUGCUCCUCUCCUCUGAAAACAGAACUACCGAAUCUUCCCCCGUCUCCACCUCCCUCGUCUACCACCAACACUCCUCUCCUUGAGAGACCAUGAAUUUUGGAAUCUAAUACAAUCCACAAUGUCUGAAAGUGUAGCAAAAGGAAAAAGGAAAGGUAUGUUAGCUAGCUGCUGCCACUCACAAUCCCGAGCAGCAACACUCCAAAGCUAAAGAUAUCAGAUUUCAUCACAAUCCCGAGCAGCAACGCUCCGAAGCUAAAGAUAUCAGAUUUCAUCGAGAAGUCACCUUCCGGGGGGCCAUGUAAACUCAUGUUAAAUCUUCUUUAAUGUAUAAUAAUAUAAAUUGUAUAUGUUAGCGGAAGUUUUUGCUUGUGCUUACCGAGUUCCAACAACCCGCUGUGUUCUUGCUCGGGACUGGUUACCAUAAAAUAAUUUUACGGUGCCAAAAUCUGCUAUUUUGGCCUUCAUUUUGCCAUCCAAUAAUAUGU